AAGGAGACCGAAAUACUGCAGCCUCCGCUAGAAGCCGCCGGACUCCUUUCUCUAUUUGUUAGAUCUGAAUUCCGCCGGUACUGUCGCCUCUUCUUCUCUCUCUUCAAAAACUCUUCCUUUCUCUGUCCUUUCUCGACCUUGAUACUGCAAGAAUCUUUCUUUUCGAAUCUCCAAUUAUUGCUCAUUGAGAUAUUCUUGUUUUUGAUACUAUAACUCCAGAGUUCUUCACUCUUUGCUGUUUAAACCCUAGUCUUCCGAAAACUAGGGUUUCAGAUACUCUGAUUGUUCUCUUGGAUCUGUCCCGAUCAGGGUUCCAAGAGCAAUAAAGGGUCGUUGGGGUUUUUGAAGGAUUUUUCUCUGUUGCAUGCUCUUGCUCUGAGCUAGGCAAUAAUGGCCACCUCUUACCCAGGAGCAGUUCAGGUUGGCUCAUACUUUGUGACACAGUAUUAUCAGGUUCUUCAGCAACAGCCGGAACUUGUUCACCAGUUUUACUCUGAUAAUAGCACCAUGGUUCGUGUUGAUGGGGAAUCGAGGGACUCUGCUUCUGCAAUGAUGCAAAUUGAUGCAAUGAUCAUGUCACUAAAUUUUACUGCUAUUGAGAUCAAAACAAUAAAUUCUGUUGAUUCCUGGAACGGAGGUGUUCUGGUGAUGGUUUCGGGUGCUGUUAAAGCCAAGGAUUUUAGUGUCAGAAGAAAUUUUGUGCAGACCUUUUUCCUUGCUCCUCAAGAGAAGGGUUUUUUUGUUCUCAAUGAUAUCUUUCAGUUCAUUGAUGAUGGAAUUAUUUAUCAUCAUCAUUCUCCUGUAUUAUCUGAAAAUAAGAUUGAUGCUCAACUAAAUGUUUCCAGCCCACUUCCAGAGCCACUAGUUUCUGACUAUGUUUUGGAGGAAGAGGCCAGGGAUUAUGUGAAUUCCGUUCAUAUAGAAGAUGAUCUAGUGGAUAAGUACAGUAUCCCAGAGCAGCCACGGCAAGAGGAAGUGGAAGCUGAAAUUGUCGUGGAGGAAACUCCUGUAGAGGAAACUUCUUUUCAUCAAAAUGUGGCUAGCACUGCGCAAGAACCCCUGGUAACUGCUCUGGAGGAACCUGUUGGGGAGCCAGCAAAGAGAACUUAUGCCUCUAUUUUGCGUGUUGCGAAGGAGCAAGCUGUUGCAUCAGUUCUUUCAGUUCCUACUCAAGUAACUCAACCAUCAUAUACUGACACUGCCCAAUACGCUUCUGAUUGGAAUUACAUACCAGAGCCUACAGUUCAGCAGACACGUCCAGCUUGGUCAGAUUUGACUGAAUCUGCUGAGGCUGUGGAGGAAAGCUUGGGCCCAGAAGAAGGUGAAUUCAAAUCUGUCUAUGUCAGAAACUUGCCCUCUGAUGUCACUGCUGAAGAAAUUGAAGAGGAGUUUAAGAACUUUGGUAGAAUCAAGCCUGAUGGUGUCUUUAUCAGGAACCGAAAGGAUGUUCCUGGUGUUUGCUACGCUUUUGUGGAGUUUGAAGAUAUCCUUGCUGUUCAAAAUGCGAUUAAGGCAUCUCCAAUACACCUGGCUGGAAGGCAAGUAUAUAUUGAGGAGCGGCGACCAAAUACUAGCGGUAUUCGAGGAGGAAGAAGAGGAGGAAGGGGCAGAGGUAGUUAUGCAUCUGAGGCCCCAAGGGGUCGCUUUGGUUCUCGUAGUUCGGGCAGGGGAAACAAUCAAGACUCUGGUGACUACAGAGCAAGAGGGAAUGGUUACCAACCGCGUGGUUCACGAUAAGACAUUAUAAUAGGAAACCAAAACCAAAUGCAGUUUGGCUAAACACUUCGCAAGUUUCAAGUCUCAAGAUGAUUGAAGGUUGAGCUUUUCUGAUGGAAAUAUUGUCAGUUGCUUCUUUUAGAUAUUUGGACUUUUUGGUGGUGUGUUGUUCCACAUAAAUGGGGUUUUUGGAAGAACAUUUUUGAUUUUAUUUCCUCUGGUAUGCAUAUACUUUUCCUCUUGAAUGGCUUUUAUCAUCCUAUUCAAGUGAGGAAAUUUUUUACCUUGUGACAUGUGUUUGAGGAAAUGUGAUAAUGGCAGGUUUUGUGUUUCCUGGUCAACUUUUCUUUUCAAAUUAAUGCACUUGCCAUGA